AUGAGCAGGCAAGGAGGUCGAGCAGGCACUCGAGCAGACUUCGCUGACCGCGUGGGCGAUCGUUGUGCGCCUGCUCGAAGACGACGACGACACCGUGCGCGACGAGGCGGCGUUCGACGUCAGCGUCACCGUCUUCGCCACCUUUGCCUCGUUCUCGCCCGCGUCCGCCCUCCUCGCGCCCACCGCCGCCUACGAGCUCGCCCUUGCCUACCUCUCCGAGCACACUUCCUCCGCACCGCCAUCCGGGCCUCAGUCCCGCCCACCAUUCCCCCUGCCCUACUUCCGCAGCCAGGUGGACCACGUGAGCGAGGCCGAGCUCUACCGCAUGUCGUGCCCGCUCGAGCCCCACUCGCGCCAGCGCGGCGCCUCCCAUCGUCACCGCGCCUCACGAGGGAUGGCCGACCAGCUGAGCACGUCGGGGGCGCUCGAUCUGCUGGAGUCGUCCGACGGUCGACCCGCCUUCGUCACCGAACUCCUCUUUGCCCUCGUCAAGCUUCUCGACAAGCGUGUGUGUGUGUGUGUGGUGACGUGCAGCGUCCGGCGUGCUUUGAUGCGGCGGCGGUGGCGGGGAUGGUGGGUCUGUACAAGAAGCAGCCGGUCCCGCUCGCCGCGCACUUUGCCACCGACGAGGCCGAGGCCGGGCUGGCCGACCGCCACGACCGCCUCAUCGAACUCGAAGACCGCGAGGGCGUCCGCGCCAUCCAGACCUACACCAAUACCCGCCACUGCUACGGAGGAGCCGGGGAGUGGAAUGUGGAGGGAAAACGGGCGAAUGGCUGGCUGCACCCACGCGGGUGCACUCACCAGACGCCCGCGCGCGAGGGGUAG